AUGCUUCUCCUCGACUAUCAGAACGUAUUAAUCCAAUCGGUGCUCACCGAGAGGUUCUCGGGAGCCCCUCCCGCUUCCAUUGACCAGACCAUCUCCGACUUCGAUGGCGUAACCUUCCACAUCUCGACUCCCGAAACAAAGACUAAAAUUCUCCUUUCCAUUCAAAUAAGGUGUUUCCCGGAUCUGGUUCAAUAUGGAGCUGAGCAGGUCCUUCAGCGAGAGUAUGGUCAAUAUGUCGCACCCGUGGAGCCUGGCUACGACUUCUCUGUCCUGAUUGACCUCGAGAAUCUCCCUGCGGAGAAAGAGGAACGCGACGCUCUUGCGAUGAAGUUUGCUCUCCUAAAGCGAAAUGCCAUGGCAGCUCCCUUCGAGCAAGCAUACCAGGAGCAUUAUGAGUUGAAAGAACAGGCAUCAAAGUUUACUUCCGAGGAAGCACCCCAGGGUGUACGAGAAGGUGGAAACGUGAAGGCGAUCCGCUACCGAGAAGAAGAGGCAAUCUACGUCAAAGCUAGUCACGAUAGAGUAACUGUCAUCUUCAGCACCGUUUUUCGAGAAGAGACCGACAGAGUAUUCGGCAAAGUAUUCAUCCAAGAGUUUGUGGAUGCUCGACGGAGAGCUAUUCAAAAUGCUCCGCAGGUCCUGUUCCGAAACGAUCCGCCUCUGGAGCUGCAAGGAGUUCCCGGUGUGCAAAGCACUGGUACGGGAGAGAUUGGCUACGUUACAUUUGUUCUUUUCCCAAGACACCUGACGCCGCAGCGUAUGCCGAUUGUCAUCUCCCACAUCCAGACCUUCCGAGACUAUUUCCAUUAUCACAUCAAGGCGUCCAAGGCAUACAUUCACUCUCGCAUGAGAAAGCGAACGGCGGAUUUCCUUCAAGUUCUACGUCGUGCACGCCCCGACAGCGAGGAGAAGGAGAGGAAGACAGCAAGCGGGCGGUCAUUCAAAGUUCAGGGGAGCUAA